UCUCUUCGUAAAAAAAAAAAAAAAAAAGCAGCUCUCACAGAUUAAAAUCUCCCUCUCUCUGAAACGCGACGGCGCGACGCUCCUUUCCCUCCAAGACGCUCACCGGCGGCGACGGCGAGUCUCCGGCAACUUCUCUGUCUCCGCGUCGGUUCUCUGUUUUUGGAAAGGAAUAGGAUAAUCAUGGCUACUGUAGUAGGUGCUGCUGCUCUGAUGCGUGAUUAACCUUUUAUUCUGCAGUACUGUAUAUUUGUUUGUGGUCUAAGAGUGGAGCAAGAAGGAAACAGAAAAGGGAGGAAGAAUGGAAGGUGAGUUGGUGCAACAGCAGCAGCAGCAGGAGAGAUUGAACCAGGCAGUGCAGCAGCAGUUAAACCUAGAACAAGUAAAGACGCGUGCUAUCAGUCUGUUCAAAGCCAUAUCGAGGAUUCUGGAAGAUUUCGAUGCAUAUGCUCGCACUAACACCACUCCCAAAUGGCAAGAUAUUCUGGGUCAGUAUUCCAUGGUCAACCUCGAACUCUUCAACAUCGUUGAUGAUAUCAAGAAGGUCUCCAAGGCAUUCAUAGUCCAUCCCAAGAAUGUCAAUGCCGAUAAUGCUACAAUACUGCCUGUUAUGCUCUCCACAAAACUACUCCCUGAAAUGGAGACGGAGGACACCUCCAAGAGAGAUCAACUGCUUCAGGGGAUGCAGAACCUCCCAAUUCCCACUCAAAUUGACAAGUUGAAGGCUAGACUUGAUAUGAUUGCCGCAGCCUGUGAAGGUGCUGAGAAAGUAUUGGCAGACACUCGUAAAGCUUAUUGCUUUGGAACUCGUCAAGGCCCUGCCAUUGCCCCCACUCUCGACAAGGGUCAGGCUGCCAAAAUUCAAGAACAGGAAAAUCUACUCCGAGCCGCCGUCAAUAUUGGUGAAGAAUUACGGAUACCUGCAGACCAGAGGCGUACAACUGCUUCACUUCCAAUGCAUUUGGCAGAUGCAUAUCCUGUCAACGAGGGUGCACAAUCUUUUCCUGACGGGUCUAACAAUAAUGUGUAUAUGAAGAAUACUCCACUGUCAUCAAACAGUAUGGGUGGCCAGAAUUCGUUGUUACAGACCUCAGGAUCACAACUUUUGGGAAGAUCAGCUGCAUCUCCUUCUGCUGCAACCAGCACCACUUCUUUUGACAAUACAACAGCUUCACCAAUUCCAUAUGCCAAUUCACCUAGGUCUUCUACAACUAUAAUGAAUACGCCAUCUCCUCAGCAGCAAACCCCACAACUUCAGCAGCAACAGCCAACAACACAACAACAGCAACGACAGAAAAUGAUGCAGCAGUCUCAACAGCAGCAACAGCAAAUUCUUGCUCAGCAGCAACAGUUCAGGCAAUCUACAAUGCAAGGACUGGGGCAGUUGCACGGGCAACAUCAGAUGCAAUUUUCUCCACAACUUGGGCAUCAACAAUUUCAGAGUAGGCAGCUUUCUUCGGCACAUAUGCAGCAUGGCAUUGGUCAAACCCAACUCAAUCAAGGAAAUCAGAUGAAUCGUUUAAGCCAGUUUUCAGGUCAUGCUAACAGUGCAUUAUUUAGUGCUGCUCAAACAACACCAAAUACCCAGAUGAUUCCUAACAUUUCAGCUGGGAUAACUUCACAAUCUCUUCUACCACGGAUGCAGCUUGCUUAUUGGUUAACUCACUUAACUGUUGAUGAUACGAGGAUAACAUUCAAAUUUGUUCUACAUUUUUCAUUUCCUCAGUACGGAUUAUCCGGAAACAAUCCUCAGCGAAGUCAUCCUUCCCAAAUGUUGAGUGAUCAAAUGUUCAACAUGGGAGGUGGAAACCCUGGUGGUAUGAUGUCCAUACAGCAACAGCAGCAACAACAACAACACAGUUCACAAGGUGCUUUUGGUGGCAUGGCGUCAAAUGCUCAGAAUCUACAAUCUGGCAUGAUGACUCUUCAGAACGCUCAACAGAAUCAUCCAAAUUUCUCUCAACAGAGGCAACAAAAUCCACAGUGAUACGAUUGAGCAUGGUUGGGUUCAGUUUAGAAUGAAUUAUCAAACAAUGUUGCCCUAGAAACAUGGUUCACAGAAACUGAAGCAAACUGUUUUGUUGUUUUCUUUGUAAUUUUGGAUUGUCAGCCUGUUUAGAUAUUGUAAAAAAUAACUCAACUGGAAAAUGAUAAAUAGGAUUCUUUUUGGGUUUUUGUAGAGGGUAAUGAGUGAAGAAUUGUUGGUUUGAACCUGUACCAUAAUAUAUCAAAUGUCUAUGUAGUCUCUAAUCAUAUAAGUUGUAUUUGCAUAAUUUUUUGGUAUGGAAUUUACUUAUUCGUGAA